AUCGUGAAUAUGAUUAAAAAAAUUGGAGCUUUUAUUUGGGGAAGAAAUUCUGUAGAAGUAGAAAACAUGGUUGUGGAUGAUAUAAUAAGGUGCAUCAUCGUCGGCUAUGGUGCUUCCUCUUCUUCUGGAUUCUCCGAUGCUUAUCCUGAAAGUUCUCUUCCCCUGAUUUUCGAGGGUUUCUGGAGAUACCAAGAUUAGGAUUAAAUAUCAUUCCCCUUUAGCGUUUCGGAAAUCUCUUCCUCUCUCCUAGAGAUUGAAGAGAUAUCACUCUGUGUGUGUCUGGGUUAUAUAUUGUUGUUGUUCUUUAGGUUUAUUUAUUAUUUUUUAAUUUAUAAAGAAAAUAGAGAAAUUGUUAUCUUCAAACAGGUUGGAUUUGUUGAUAUUUUUUCCUCUUCAAUUCAAUUGAUAAAUCUAGGGGUUUGAUGGAGGGGGGGGGGAUCUAGUGGGGAUUGAUACGGCGAAGCUGUUUAUAAGGUUGUUUUGUUGAAUUGUUUUUGGGAUGGCAACAUUGAAUCGUUCAGAAAAAAAAUUCAUUAACGAGAUGAGGUAGAAUGGGCGAUUCUUGUCUUGCUUUUUUGUCGAUGGAGAAUCAUCAACCCUCCACGCUUUUGUCAAUGGACUCAAGUGCAUCUUCUCAUGAGGAACUGGAUUUGGAGAUGAAUCGCCAAAUCAUACCCUCAGGUCCACCGGAUAUCAAUCUGCCGCUUUCUGCCGAGUGCAGCCCGCCUCCACAGCCGUGGAAUGCUGACCCUUGUGAUAUUUUGGAUGUUGGUCUUGGAACUCAAGGGUAUGAGACUGAGAGUUUUCUCAAUCUGCCCAAAGCUGGUAGGAAGUGUGCAAAGCGAGUUGAUAGCAAAUGGGGUGCUUGGUUUUUCUUCAGUUUUUACUUUAAGCCUUCUUUGAAUGAUAAAUCUAAGGCCAAGAUUGUCAGGGACAGCAACGGUGUUUCAGGGUUCGAUAAAUCUGAUCUCAAGCUUGACGUUUUCAUGGUUCAACACGACAUGGAAAACAUGUACAUGUGGGUUUUCAAGGAGAGGCCUGAGAAUGCGUUGGGUAAGAUGCAGCUGAGGAGUUACAUGAAUGGACACUCUCGUCAGGGGGAGCGCCCGUUUCCGUUUAGUGUUGACAAGGGUUUUGUUCGGUCCCACAGGAUGCAACGGAAGCAUUAUCGAGGGCUAUCAAAUCCUCAGUGUGUGCAUGGCAUUGAGGUUGUUGCUUCACCCAAUCUGAUGGCCCUUGAUGAGGAUGAUCGGAAAAGGUGGAUUGAACUCACUGGCCGUGAUUUGAAUUUCACAAUCCCACCUGAGGCAAGCGAUUACAGUUCAUGGAGAAAUCUUCCCAACACAGACAUUGAGCUUGAUAGACCACCUCCCCCAAUCAAGGGUGGUCCAAAUGCACACCCGAAGAAGCUGCUUAAUGGAUCUGGACUGAAUUUGUCAACUCAUCUGUCUAACCACAGCAAUGGUGAUGGGUUGGACCUAUCUCCUGUCAGCGGCAAAAAGAGGAAGGACUUUUUCCCUCAUGGAAAUGACGAAGAAUGUUACUUGGCUGUUAAUCCUCCAUCUGGUCAGAUUACUGACAUAGAAAUGCACCCGAGUGAGCCACACUGGUUGAAUGACUUCAGCGGGGUGAUAAAGAGUGUUUAUGGACCUGUUACAGCUGCAAAAACUAUAUAUGAAGAUGAACAAGGUUAUUUGAUUAUUAUCAGCCUGCCCUUCGUAGAUCUUCCAACUGUGAAAGUUUCGUGGAGGAACACUCUGACUCAUGGUAUCAUAAAGGUUUCUUGUAUGAGCACAUCUCGGAAACCUUUUAUCAAGAGACACGAUAGAACAUUCAAGCUUACAGAUCCAUCAUCAGAGCACUGCCCUCCUGGAGAAUUCGUCCGUGAAAUUCCUCUUUCAACUCGAAUUCCUGAAGAUGCCAACAUAGAAGCAUACUAUGAUGGUCCAGGAUCAGGGCUUGAGAUCGUGGUGCCAAAGCAUCGCGUGGGACCAGAAGAGCAUGAAGUUCGUGUAUGCCGUCGCCCUCAUCUGGGAGGGAAUGAUCUUAUGUUAACUUAAGAUAGGCACUUAUAAAAAAGAAUUGUUAGGGAUUCCAGUAUGGUGCGUAUGUCAUUGUUUUUCUAACCAUACAGUGUUAUUUUCAGUACAAUUGUGUGUCUUACAUUUGUCUCUAGCAAUUUUAGCUCACUGACCGCCCUGGUUCUUUUUUUGUUCCGGUGCAUAUUUAUGCUUUUAAUGGAAGCAAGUAUUGAACAGCUAGUUCUCAUCAUUUACAUGAAAUUAUCAAGUCAUACCUUUGGAAUAGUUGAUUGUUCCAUUUCUAUUCUUUCUUAGAUUCUCAUUUUUAACCUGUCACUCUGAACCCUCUUAUUUUUGGGUAGAAUGUUAUCAGAGAAGAAUUUAGGUUCGCCACCACGAGUAUCUGUUCUUGAGGAUAUAUCCUGCAAUUGCAAUAUUACAAGGGUCAAUAGGAAACAAUUUCUUGAAAGAAAUUUUAUUAUUUUUAUAUUAAUUUUUUUAUCUUUUAAAGAUUUUUCUAAAAUUUUAACUAACAGUUUAUUAGAUAAUUUUAUUUUAAUAUCUAAUAUGUAUUUUAAAAUACAAAUAAAUGUUGAUUAUAAAACAACAUAUUUGAUUUAUCUAAGACUUAAUAUAUAUAUGAUUAUCAUAUAUUACUUUUAAGUCUUUUGACAUUUAUACUUGUUUUAAAUCUUAUUAUAAUAUAAAAGUAACAAUAGCAAUAAAUAAAUAGAAGUGUUUAAAUUCUUACGUCCUUAUUUAUUAGCUUACAUUUUAUGAUUUUGUUAAUAUUAAUAUUUACUGUUAAUUUUGCGUAUUUUAAAAUAAUAAUUAAGUUUUCAUUAAAAAAACAUUUAUAUUUAAAAAAUUAAUAUAAAAUU